GUUGCAGUCUUCCCAAAAGUGAAUUUCCUGGUUGAUUUGCCUGCUUUGACGAGCUACUGGUACCUCAGGGACAACCUGUUGGAGACCCCUAGUCAGUGUUAUACACUACUCACAAAAAGUUGAAGUGCUGUUGAGCAAGGCACCACCAUUAACGUCACCGCUGCAGUGGCGGCGUCCGGAGGAGGAGGAGGAGGAGGAGGAGGACUUUCCCGGGCCACGCAGAGGACAACACCGGGCUCCUGGCCAACUUUCCACUUAAAUAAAAGGUGCAACACCCCUCUGCGUCGGACCUGCAGGCUCCGCCCCCUCCCUGCACACCUGAAUAUAAACAAGCGCAGGUGCAGCAUCAGCAGCACAAAGCCUGCUGCUCUGCCAGAACCGAGUGGUCACGUUGAAGCUCUCGUCUCAAGACAAUCUCGCCCUCCCAUCAUGGCCUCCAGCAUGUCACUACGAGGUUACUCCGUGAGCCGUCAGCCGUCUUUCUCCUGCCGCUCCCUGAUGGACAUGGGCCGCUCCCGCGCCUCCGUCUCCUUCUCCGCCGGCCCGCUGACCCGAUCCGCCUCCAUUGGCCACGACCUCAACGGCCCGUCUGGUCUCCCGCUCAACGGGCUGCAUGGCAACAGCGCCAACGAGAAGGAGGCCAUGCAGAGCCUCAACAACCGCCUGGCCAAGUACCUGGACAAGGUGCACUCGCUGGAGCGUUCCAACGCCGACCUGGAGGCGAAGAUCAAGCGCGUGAUGAUGGAGCGCAUCCCCAAGGGCCACGACCUGGAUACUAUGAUGGCCCAGGCGCACGCCGUGGAGCAAGAGGUGAGGAAGAAGACUUUGGAAAACGCUCGCCUCAUGCUGGAGAUCGAUAACGCAAAACUGGCUGCUGAUGACUUCAGAAUCAAGUGGGAGACGGAGCUGGUGAUGUGUCAGUCGGUGGAGCGAGACUGCGUGGCGCUGAAGAAAGCCAAGGCCGACCACGAGCAGAUCAUCGCCUCCCUGAGAGGAGAUCUGGACAGCCUGAAAGAGGAGCUCUACUUCCUCAAGAGGAACCAUGAGGAGGAAAUGGAGCAGAUGAAGUCCCGCAUCGCCAGGGAUGAGGUGAACGUGGAGGUGGACUCGGCCCAGGGACCAGAACUGGCAACCAUCCUGUCCGAUCUACGGAUCCAGUACGAGGGGAUUGUCAAGAAAAACAAGGAGCAUGCCGAGCACUGGUAUCGCAAGAAGCUGGAGACGGUGCAGAAUGACGUCAAGGAAAGCAACGAGGCCCUGAGGGGUGCCCAGAGCGAGCUGGUCGAGAGGCAGCGCUUCCUCCAAAACCUCGAAGUGGAGCUGGAGAGUUUGCACAAGCAGGUCGCUGCCCUGGAGGGUAACCUGGGCGAGACGAGUCACAAGUACUCUGCCGAGAUGGAGCGUCUGCAGGUCACGCUCAACCAGCUGGAGGAAGACCUCUCGCAGCUCCGGCUGGACAUGCAGCGCACCAAAACCGACUACGAGCAGCUCCUCCGCAUCAAGCAGAACCUGGAGAUGGAGAUCGCCACCUACAGGCGCCUGCUGGAGGGCGAGGAGAGUGUUAAGGAAGUUCCACCUCCACCAAAAAAAAACAUUGUCUGUGCAGAAGAGCCUGACGUUCGCACCAGGAAGAUCGUGAAGGUGGUGACCCAGACCAUGGUCAAUGGCAAGGUGGUGGACGAAUCCAGCGAGGUGGAGCAAAUCGAGGAGACCAAGAAAUAGGAAAGAAAUAUCACGUAUUGUUCGUUACUUUGAAUAAUACAACAUAGUCAUGUAUCCUUAUACCAAGUUUAGAUUAGAUUUGUAGCUGAAGAACCAGCUAAAUAAGCGUUAAACAAAAAAUUCAGUGGACUGAAUAUUAUAAUAUUUAUUUCUUAGUGUAGUAGAGUGUACUG